AUGCCCACAUUGAGACCCGGUCCUUUUAAGGAUAGUAUAUGCCGGAAUCCUCCUAGUACAAUGGAGGAAUUGAGAAAACGGGCGGCGGACGAGGCCCGGGUGGAGAAUAUGAAACAAAAUUACAGGAGAGAGCAGCAGGAGGCUAAGGCCGAGAAGGGGGAUAGUAGAAAAGGUGAGGGUCAAGGAAGUAGGCUGAAUGGACCUAGACUUCGCGAGGGGCCAAGGGGUCCCAAGUUCCCGCAGUACACCCCUCUCAACGCUCCCCGAGCUCGGAUAUUACAAGAGGCGCUGAGCACCCAAGUCUUACCCGCACCUCAGAAACGGCCAACGCCUCCGGGAGCGGACCUGAGUAAACGAUGUCUCUAUCACCAGAACUCCGGACAUGAUACGGAGGAUUGCCUGACUUUGAGAGACAAAAUUGAAGAGCUAAUCCGAAUGGGACAGCUGCAGCAAUAUGUUAGAAGGGAAGACGUCCGUUGGACGAAGGGGUCGUCCAGGAGAGAACAUGUGAGGCCAAGGAGCCCUCCUAGGGAGCGAAAGAGGGAUGGAGAGCACGGUUAUGGUCGGACGUCUGAAAGGCGAAGGACGGAUCGGAGAAGCAGGAGCCGCAGCCGAGGCGAUGAGCAAAGGAGACCUUUGAGGGGGGUGAUUAAUACCAUCUCUGGAGGUUUCGCCGGAGGAGGGCAUACUUCCUCCACUAGAAAAAGGAGUAUCCGGGCAUUGAGAUCCAUACAUGCUGUAGACGUUCCGAGAAGAACCAUGCCGCCAAUCACGUUCACCGACGAAGAUUUUCAUGCCCCAGACCCUGACCAAGAUGACCCCAUGGUUAUCAACGUGGAAAUAGCUCGCUACGGGAUAAGUAGGGUGUUAGUUGAUCAAGGGAGCUCGGUCAACAUACUGUAUUGGAAGACCUUCCUCCAGAUGGAUAUCUCGGAAGAUCUGAUCGUUCCAUACAACGAGCAGAUAGUAGGUUUUGCCGGGAAGCGGGUGGACACGAGGGGGUAUGUUGAUUUGCAGACCCGCCUGGGUACCGGAAGGGAAAGUGAAGAAAUGAAGAUAAGGUACUUGUUAGUAGAGGUGAACACGGCCUACAACGUCCUCUUAGGACGGCCGUGCCUGAAUGCUUUCGGAGCCAUAGUGUCCAUGCCGCACCUCACCAUGAAAUACCCAAACCACCGGGGAACAAUCUGCACUAUACGGGCAAAUCAGAAAACCGCCUGGGAAUGCUAUGCAGCCGGUCUGCGGAUAUAUCCACAGGAAAACCGACGAAAAAUGUCUAGAUCGGAGGUGGCUAUGGCUGACUUAGACCCAAGGACUAAUAUUGAGGACCGCCUGGAACCUCUAGGAGAAACGCAGCCCGUCAUGAUCGGACGGGAUCCCUCGCAAACCACCUUUAUAGCCACGGGGAUGGCGGACGCGACAGAGAAGCAAUUGAGGGCCCUUUUAUGGCGAAACCGGGACCUUUUCGCAUGGACGGCGGCGGACAUGCCGGGCAUCCAUCCGUCUGUGGCAUCCCACAAGCUGGCCUUAGUAAGAAACGCCCGGCCAUAA